ACCAAUUUAAUCGAUUGGUUAAUCAGGUUUAUCUUCCAAUGAUGGAGCAUUUAGCACGUAACGAAAAAAAUCGGGAAUGGCUCGACACACUGACUGAUUUUCAAGAAAUAUUAGUUCAAUUUUUACUGCUGAUUGAAGAUCGCGAUCUCACCAAAGUUGAAAAUCCCAUUAAGCCAAAGACCUCUAGUAAAGGUUACCCGACAAAUUUUCCAACACUGAGGGACGAGUCCGUCUUCUGGCAGAAACAACUGAUUGAUCUCAGCCAUCAGCAACAAUGGAUGGUGCAAAACUGGGGAGAAGUGACGAUAGAGACGGAAUCAUCCUUACGCCAAGUCCACUACACUCUCAAACUCUUCCGGCUAGUCAGAGAACCAAUUCAAGUGAAUAUUUCAUCCGUGAGAUUUUCUCUGAAUCCUAAUUAA